AUGAAUAAGUUUAGCAAGACCUCGCCUACCUUAUCUAUCAAUCAUACUGAUUUCGAACCAAUGCAAUUUCGCCCUUUUAUACUAAGCAUCGAGACGAAGAAGUCCGAACCGGGCGAUAUGGCGCAGUUACAAAUCGGUGUCUGGCUGGCUUCACAAUGGAAAUUUCUUCGCUGGGCCGUCAAGAAGAAGCUUCAGAAACAGCGCCCGGCCCAUAACCUUGAUGCAAUAACAUACGAGGAAGAUGAAGAAGAAGGAAUAUCUACAGCAUUAUCAAAGCUUCCAUUUAUCCCGGGUAUCAUCAUUCAAGGGAAUUCUUGGAAAUUGGUGAUUUCUACAUAUACCGAUGGAAAGACGACGCUAUGGUCUGGCUCAGUGUUUGGUAAAACAGAAAGUUUGUUAGACAUUUACGCUAUCGUCGCCGGUAUCAGGGAGUUAGCAGCUUGGGGGAGAGAUAUAUAUUUGCCGUGGCUCAAAAAGUAUAUCCUCAAACUUGAAUAG